AUGGUCAGCGAAGGAGUGGAAUCUGAAGAUCUUGGGGCAUCGUUUUCUCUUCCUACAGAUGAGAGAGAAAGACAUGUUGGGCGAGAGAGAGAGAGUCCGUGGAUAGUGGCUGAUCACUAUGUGGUGGUGCAACGCUGGAGGCCAUUAUUUGAUCCUUAUGAUGAAUCCUUCAAGAAGCUUGCGGUAUGGUUAAGAAUCCCUGGUCUACCUAUUGAAUUAUAUUCUUCAAACCAUCUCUGGAAGAUAGGAGGUAUUUUUGGUAGGACCUUAAAGAUAGACAAAAAUUCUUUAAAGAAGGUGGAGGGAGUUCAAGGAGAGGUAACAGAUAGAGCAAGGUUCGCUCGAAUCUGUGUUGAGAUAGACCUCCGAAAGAGUCUACUGUCCAAAUUCCAGUUCAUAGGGAAGGUGUACCAGGUGGGAUAUGAGGGACUACACAUGGUCUGCUUUGCGUGCGGGCAAUAUAGUCGUCGGAAGGAUAUCUGCAGUAAUGGUGGGGCGAAAGAUGCUGUGAAACCACAAAAACCAGUAUCAAUACUACCACAGACAGAACGGAGUAGUGACGAAGGACGUAUGGAAGGUAAGGAGAAGGAUGAUGAUGAUGCCUUUAGUGCCUGGAUGGUGGUUCAAAGGCCAACUAGAGGACGACGGCCAAGAGUUUUUUCGGCGAACCAAGGAAGAGGAACGGUGUACCAGACAAAAAAUCCAAGUAACCAAGGUCAACGGACUGCUGCCCAACCAGCUGCAGCCUUGUCUGUGCCUAUGCCUGUACCUGCUGUGCAGAAUCAAAAAGCUAACCAGCUAGAAUCAAAGGGAACAGAUGCCUCGAAGGGGACUUCCUCAGUUAUGCAAAUCGAGGAACAUACUUCCUUAACAGUGGUUACUGCAAAUAACACAGUCUGCUCUUGGAAUUGUCGCGGAGCUAACAAAAAGGGUUUGACCUGUCUCAUCAGAGAUAUUGUAAGGAAGUAUGACAUCAAAGUUUUAGCUUUGCUGGAAACUAGGAUUAGUGGGACCAAAGCCACUAGAAAGAUUAAACAAAUGGGGUUUGAUGUAUUCCAUAAGCAAGACCCCGUAGGAUUCUCUGGUGACCUUUGGCUUUUGUGGAACAAAUCUGAUGUGGAGUGGAAACAGACGGGGAAAGAAGAAAAUAUCACCCUUAUCUACACUAGUCCUCGCAGAGUGGAGCGUAGAGCUCUCUGGUCUGAUAUACAUAGGCUCUGUCAAAGGGGACCUACUCCAUGGUUACUACUAGGUGAUUUCAAUUCAGUCACCCAUGCAUAUGAAAAAAAAGGAGGGAAACCUCCCUGUCAACGAAGCAUACCAGAAUUUACCACCUGCCUAGACAUCUGCAACCUCGAGGAUCUUGGCCACUCUGGCCUACCUUUCACCUGGAGACGUGGUAAUCUAUUCGAACGUCUAGAUAGGGCUGUAUCGAAUGUAGAAGGAAUGCUAGCCUUUCCACAGAGAUAUGUUUUUCACCUUUCUUUCUUUAACUCGGACCAUCGUCAACUGCUAUUGAGAGAUAGGGAGCGAAACCCUGGAAGUAGAGAAACGAAACCCUUUCGUUUUCUUGCUUCUUGGCUGACUAGACAAGAUUUCAAAGUCAUCGUCGAAGAGAGCUGGGAUGGAAAUUCAGAUUGGGUACAGGCAAGACAGAAGUUUGAGAAUGAAGCUACAACUUGGCAUUGUUCAAUUUUUAAGGAGCACCUAUGGAGGAAACAUACUUUGCAUGCGAGACUGAUGGGGAUAAAUAGGGAGCUGGGUGAUUCGGCUGACCAUAACCUAGAAAGGCUUAAAGGCCAGCUGUGGAAUGAACUUCAAACCAUCUACGCUCAAGAGGAGCUUAAUCUGUUUCAACGGUCUAGAUGUAAUUGGUUAGUCUUUUGGGAUGGGGAUGACCGUUUCUACCAUACAGCCACUAAUGUCAGAAGGAGGCAAAAUAAAAAUCACUUGGUGCAAGAUGAUCACGGAGCCUAG